AGUUUGAAGAAAUUGCCCGGAACAACAGAUUUACUGAACACAAGUGACUCAGAGAAGGCCCAGAAACGAGUGUCCCCUCCUGCAGAAGCAAGUACCUCCAGACGGCACUCUCUAAAAAAAUUGGAACUCGAGAGAAAGGAGAUUGAAGUGAAGAUGUACAGCCUGCGAGAAAGAAAGGGUCGGUCAUACAAAGAGGUCAAUGAGCCUCAGGAUGAUGACUACCUGUAUUGUGAGAAAUGCCAGGACUUCUUCAUCGACAGCUGUGCGGCUCACGGACCCCCUACAUUUGUAAAGGACAGUGCAGUGGACAAGGGGCAUCCCAACCGCUCAGCCCUCACUUUGCCCCCUGGGCUGAGAAUUGGGCCGUCGGGCAUCCCUGAAGCCGGGCUUGGAGUAUGGAAUGAGGCAUCCGAUCUGCAAUUGGGUCUGCACUUUGGCCCCUUUGAGGGCCAGAUCACAGAAGAUGAAGAGGCAGCCAACAGUGGCUACUCCUGGAUGAUCACCAAGGGGAGAAACUGCUAUGAGUAUGUGGAUGGAAAGGACAAAUCUCGGGCCAACUGGAUGAGGUAUGUGAACUGUGCCCGGGAUGAUGAGGAGCAGAACCUGGUGGCCUUUCAAUACCACGGGCAGAUCUUCUAUCGAACUUGCCAGGUCAUCAGGCCGGGCUGUGAACUGCUGGUCUGGUACGGGGAUGAAUAUGGCCAGGAGCUGGGUAUCAAGCGGGACAGCAAGUGGAAGAAAGAGCUCACAGCAGGGAGAGGUGGGCACCACUAUUAUUCUUUAAAUAGGACAGAAGAGAAAGAAUUCUCCUUGGGAAUUCUCAUGAUGAAGUGGCUCCUGACUUUAUAG